AACUGUACCAAGUCAAACGCGUUCAUCUCCCUCACCUUCUUCUCUCCAUCUCAGAAUUGGUUUCCAUUUCUCCAGCCUACAAGCUUCAGUCCGCCAUAACCUUCUGCAUCACUGGCUGCAGCAAGCGUAGGAGGCGAUGGCCGGGGGUGGCAGCAGCAGCAGCCGGACCUUAGAGGUGACUCCGACGUGGGCGGUCGCCGUCGUCUGCUUGGUCCUGGUCCUCAUCUCCAUCAUCAUCGAGCAUGUAAUCGACCUCGUCGGCAAGUGGUUGAAGAAGCGUCACAGGAAAGCACUUUAUGAGUCACUAGAGAAGAUCAAAUCUGAGCUGAUGCUGAUGGGUUUCAUAUCCUUGCUUCUGACUGUUGGUCAAAGCCUCAUUUCUAAGAUAUGUGUGCCCAAGAGUGUCGGUGAUUCAUGGCAUCCAUGUAAGCCCGGGGAAGAAUCUGCCACCACCAGCGCCGACGGCCACUCGCAGGACUCGAGCACCAAUGGGCGGAGACUCCUUCAGGAUUCCGUCUCUGCUGGUGUUUUCCGGCGUAUUUUGGCUGGAGGUGGAGGAUCCGACAAAUGUGCAGCGAAGGGCAAAGUUCCUUUGAUCUCCACCGAUGGAAUCCACCAGCUUCACAUUUUCAUCUUUGUCUUGGCCGUCUCCCACAUCCUCUACUGCAUCAGCACAAUGGCUUUGGGUAGAUUGAAGAUGAGGAGAUGGAAGGCAUGGGAACUGGAGACCAAAACAGCUGAAUACCAAUUCUCACAUGAUCCUGCAAGGUUUAGAUUUGCAAGGGAGACAUCAUUCGGCCGCCGGCACUUGAGUUUCUGGAGCAAAUCACCCAUUCUCAUCUGGAUUGUCUGCUUUUUCAGACAAUUUGUGAGAUCAGUUCCUAAGGUGGAUUAUCUGACACUGAGACAUGGAUUCAUCAUGGCACAUUUGGCUCCACAGAGUUCGACCAAGUUCAACUUCCAGAAGUACAUAAAGCGAUCACUCGAUGAGGAUUUCAAAGUUGUGGUUGGAAUUAGUCCGACGAUAUGGUUCUUCGCACUAAUCUUCUUGCUGACUAACACUCAUGGCUGGCAUUCCAACCUAUGGCUGCCUUUUAUCCCUCUGUUUGUGAUCCUCCUGGUGGGAACAAAGCUUCAAGUGAUCAUUACGAGGAUGGCCGUCAAUAUCAUGGAGCGUGGAGAUGUCGUCAAGGGCGUUCCGAUCGUUCAACCAGCAGAUGAUCUCUUCUGGUUCAAUCGUCCCCGUCUCCUCCUCUUUCUCAUCCAUUUCGUCCUCUUUCAGAAUGCGUUUCAGCUGGGCUUCUUGGCGUGGAGUUGGUAUGAGUUCGGGUAUCCUUCGUGCUUCCAUCAGAACAUUGAGGACAUCAUCAUACGGAUCUCACUGGGAAUCCUCAUCCAGGUUCUGUGCAGCUACGUCACACUGCCUCUCUAUGCAUUGGUGACGCAGAUGGGAUCGAACAUGAAGCCCACCAUCUUCGACGAGAGGGUGGCGACUGCUCUGAGGAAAUGGCAUCAGUUAGCGAAGAAGCACUUAAAGGAGAACCGAAGGUCGGGAAGUGUGUCGCCUCUGUCCACCAGCAGAACAGCUACUCCCCGCCAUGGUUGGUCGCCGGUCCACCUCUUGCACUACAACCGCAGUGAACUCGACAGUGUGCAGAACUCCCCGGGUCGAUACCUCACCGACGAUGACCCCGACGUUGAAGGACGGCAAGAGGAGUUAAUGGAAGGCCAGCCGGAGGUGGAAGAAAACCACGGUGAAGCAAGGUUGCCGGUGGCUCAUGGCGUCGAUGCUCAUGCGACCAGCUUCUCGUUUGAUCAGAGACGGAGCUGAGAGUUGGUUGACUUGGCUUCUCUUUUGACUUCAUAGAUCCAUUGACGUUGAUUCCUCUUACAUUUCCCUGUAAGAGAGCAUCACUAAUGAUAGUGAGGGAUGGCAUAAGAUGGAUUUGUUGGAUUAUAAUGACAUAAGAACCUUUUAUCCAA